CCUGCUUUGGAUCCGUUUUAUUGUGAGUGACAAAGCGAGCGAAUGAACAGGGAGCGGUUGAAUUUUGGCUGUUCUCUGAAUAAAACCGUAAUAAAGCAUACAUUAAGCUGAAACUCAGAAACGACCUGGUUUUAUUUGUGUAAAGACUGAAACUCAGCCUGAGGUGAAAAAGGAAUGAAGCAAGUAAGCUAGCUAACUCUGAUGUUUAUCCACCCCACACUGCCAGGCUGGACUCCGACUGCGUGCCGUGAUUAAAGAAGCUUCCCUGCUGUUACACUCACUCACUCACACACACACACACACACACACACACACUCCUUUCCGGGAUCACCAUGCUGGCCCUCCUGUUGACUGCGCUGCUGGCUGUACACUCUAUCGCUCUGGAAGUGCACGUCCCUGAUUUCCCAGUGGUGGUGCUUUACGGGACAGACACCAUCCUCAACUGCACGUUCUUGGGGGCCAAGAACUUUAACCUUUCCGAGCUGAGCGUAUUCUGGCAGCUGGCUGACACUCAGAGAAGCGUGCACGCUUACUUUGACAAGCAGGACCGGUUCAUUGAUCAGGACGAGCGGUUCGCUAACAGGACCAGCCUGUUUCCUGCAGAGUUAGCGUCUGGUAACGCAUCGCUGCUCCUGAGGAGAGUCCGAGUGGCAGACGAGGGCAGCUACACAUGCUUCGUUAAAGUGGACACCUACAGCAAGGAUUCCAUGUUCAUGCAGGUGGCAGCCCCGUACUCCAAACCCUCAGUAACCUGGGAAACCGACGCCAACCCCAAGCCAGGUGACGUAGUAGCACUGACCUGCGUGGCAUACGGCGGGUACCCCGAGGCUCAGGUGCUGUGGCAGGACGGGAGCGGGCAAAACCUGACGGAGAACGUCACCGUCUCACCUGUAGCCAACGAGCAGGGUCUUUUCACCAUCAGGAGCGUCUUGACAGUGAUCCUCGAACCGAACAGCACCUAUAGCUGCAGACUGACCAAUCCGCUUCUAGGGGACGAGGGCCACGCCUCUGUCACCAUCACGGCCCAGGCCCCGGUUUUUCCUCAAGUGGCUUUGUGGGUAACGAUUGGGCUGGCGGUCUGUUUGCUUGGUCUCCUCAUCGCCUUGGCUGCCGUCUGCCACAGGAAAAUCAAAGAGAGCUGUGAAGAGAUGAGAGCAGAGGAAGAAGCCAAAGAACUUGAGGAAGCCAAAGAACUUGAAGAAUCCAAGACAGCUGCAACACCUCUAAAGAGCUAAAGGCAAAGAGCACAGGUUGAGAGGAGGGAGGUCGAGUGGAAGGGCAGAGCAGGGAGGGAUGGAUGGAUGAGAGGAAGACAGGUGAUCAAUGACGACUAAUGAACACGCCUGGAGUUUGGUUUCGCUCAUCUCGCAAUCUAGCUCGCUGCAAGAUCCCUUGACUGCUUCCCUUAACUGAGAGGAAAACAAAAUUGGAAAGCAGCUGCCGUAAGACUCAAUCAAGAGCUAUAGAUUAGUCAUAAUGCUGAUGAGUGAGAGGAGGGGGACCGCUGGGACUGAAAUCGGGCUGGGAUGGUAUGAAAAAUUCAUGGUGUGAACUGUAAGACCCGAUAUCUUGCGAAAUGCUUACAACUUUAUAAUUUUUUUUAUAGAGGAAGACAUUAUGUGGUAUAUAACACUACAGCAGUAUUAAAUGUUACGUAAAUUAGGCUCUCUAGUAGGCUUCUGUUAUUAGACUUCUAAUAGUAGUUAUUUGUUUAUGCAUUUCAUCUCUUUAAAGUUGUAGUGUGCAAGAUUUGUUCUUGUUAAAACAUCAAUAUUGAGGCAGAACAGUAAAGUAGCUUUACACCAAGCCAAUAGCCAAUAGAGGCACGUUCUGAUCACUGUUGUUUAGCUAGCUACAUAAAAUUAGCCAGGAUGUGCUGUAAUUGGAAAAUAAUCAACUUUGACAUGGUCACGGUAACUCUGCUUUGCGUCGGGCCGCAUCACACCACCCCGUUGUUUAUUAUUUACCACUGUCAUAUUUUAUUUCUUAUGUAGCAUAUUUCAAGGUAAAUAUUGCGAUGUCUUCAUCUAUAUUAGUACACAAUGACAUUUGUUGGUGUAUUAACUAUCACAUCCUUUAAAUAUUUUUUCCAUCGCUCUUUCAGCAGCCUCUCAAUGUUAGCACGGCAAAAUAUCUGCUCAUGCUGGGAAUCCACUCAUGAAACUACACACACAGAUAUAUUCACAGUGGCACUAAAAGCACUUCCUAUGAGCUUCUGGGAGAAAUGGGCCAUGCUUUUAUUACGAGAUUUUACUCUUAGUUUGUUCUCUGUGGUUUGUAUAUUUGUUCUCUUUUCAAAUGUAUUCUCUUUGCAAAUGAUGUAAAUAUGUACUACUGUUAGCUCAGUGUGUAUAUGUAAAUGACUAUAAGUGUCAUUUUACUAAUUCAUUGUUUGUGUCAGUCUCUCAGACGGCUCUGCAUUGGCCGUUUUUUUUCCAGUUUAGCAAUGUUUGCAUAAUAUAGUAUGUAUGAAUGCUGAAAGCAUUUCUGUGAAAUCAGUUAACUGAGUUCUGUUGUGCCAAACAAACUGUAAACACGGAGUUAAUCAAAGAAGUGUAUGCAUAUGAUUUAUUGCAUUGUGAUGUGUGCAAAUGCAAACAUGCAUGUUAGUUCUUUGUAAUGGGAAUAUUCAUAAGUUUCAGUGCACUGUCAGUGUCUUCUGUGUGACUGUUAGGGAAGAUAACUUUGCCAUAAUGUCAAAGUAUUCAUACAAGUUCAUGCAAGUUCCAACAUCUGAAUUAUUAAAGCUAGUUCUAGACUGUAGUUUUCACUAUGUAUAAGAUGAUCCCAAUAAUGUCUUGGCCGAAUUCUAUAACCGGCUGUGUGAUACGUGUUCUCCGUGUCAGAUUAGACAAUGAAGAUCCUCCAACGAUAGACCUGUGAUUACUAUAUGCUACAUUCCACUAGCAUAGCUGUGACUGUCCCGUAAGUUUACCGUAAUCCCACUGGUGGAUUUUAGUGUUGUAGCAGCAGCCACACUCUGAAAUUUUAAUAAAAUAUUAUUAACACUCCCAGAACGUUGGUCACAAUGGCACUAAAUUGGCCACUGGUGAGCAUGUCACAUUAUGCAUUCUCAGCUCACCAGAAUUCUUUUGAUUAUGUGUGUUCUUGUGUGUGAUUUCUUUGUCUACAACAACAAAAUCAGACCAAAAAUCAUAGUGUAAACCCAGGUUAAGUCAGUGUGUACCAGUGGCUGAUGAUGACGGUUGCACCCAAAAUCAGGAAAUAUGUAGACCACAAUCCAAGAUGGUGCCACACAUGGCAGCUCCCUAAGAAACUAGCAGUCUUUUUUUCAUAUUUAUGUCAUUUUUCUAGCCUUUUACAUAAGUCUAUAUUUGUAGGUGCCCAGCUAGCUCAGUUAGUAGCGUGUGGGACUCUUGAUCUCAGGAUCAUGGGUUUGAGCCCCAUACUGGGUGCCAAGCCCAGUCACUGGGGGUGCACAGGCUAGUACACUCUCAGUGCUGGUCCCAAGCCCAGAUAAAUGGGGAGCGUUGUGUCAGGACGGGCGUAAAACCUGUGCCAAAUCAGUAUGUUUAAAGCGAUCCACUGUGGCAACCCCUAAUAGGAGCAGCAGAAAGAACUACUACAACAGAGUUUAUAUUUGUACAUGACUGACACGUUAUAUUUAGUGCGAUACAUGGUUAUAUGGUUGCGAUAUGGCAAUAUAUAGUCAAACAUAGUUUAUAUUUUAUAUUUUAUACAUUUAUGUAUUAUACACACUUCCAUCAUGCACAGUAUUACCCAAAUCUGUUCCUUUUAACUGACUACUUAGUAACAUAAGAAUUUCACUCAUCUUUUUUACUUUUAUUCUGGAUAAAGUGUGUAAUCUGAGAUGGGACAAUAAAGUCUAAAGUCUAUAGAUUCAGGAAAAACAGUCUGAAGUGUCCAUCAAAGGUUUCUUUCCAAACAGUCUAAUAGUAGAGAAGAUAUCCUAAAAUCCUGACUAUACAACAAUUUUGAUAUCAUCAUGAUUUGAAAAGCAAAUCAUUAUGCUUUAUUUGCAUAAUGUUUUCUUCUAUAAGCUUAUAGGAUUCAAACUGCCUGCCUGUGAAAUGUUAAAACUGGGAGUUUUUCACUCAAAAAAAGUACAAAUGUGAUGGAGUGCAAACAUUUAAACAUUACUGAAUGCUCAUGCUUGGUAAGUGAAAUAGAUUCAGAUAUUAGCCUUGUGUUGCCUUAUAUUACUUCCAUGUUACAUGCUUGAUCUUUUGCCAUAUAUUAAAAUAUGUGAAAUACUUGCAUAACAAUUUUAUAGUUUAAUGAGGCCUAUUUUAGCUUGUUAAGUUCAUAUUUAGUGUCAAUUAAGUAAAGAGAUAGAGAGUAAGAGAAAAGCAAUGAUAUAAAUUUAAAGCUUCUUGCAUCAUUAUUUUAAAAUGGUCACGUUUCUUAAUUGGAAUUUAAAUUAUUUACUUAAUUUUUAGGUGUAAUGAUGUAAAAAAGUUGACAGAUUAUUCAAUUAUAUUAACAUUCAUUUUUUGUUGCCCAAAUAUACAACAAAUAAAGGUUAAAUUCUGAACCCUAAAGGUUCUUUUGUUUGACCCUCUUGGGAACACUUAGUUUUUAUAUAGAACCAAAUAGAAAGAGCUUAUAUAAUAUAAUAGAGCUUAUAUAAAAAGGACAACCCUUUAAGAAAGUAAGAUGAUUUACACAGAUCCCAAAUAAUGCACGCUAAUUUGCAUGUGCAAGGGGAUAAAUCACACGAGUGCCAAAAGGGGGCGUAUUCUAUUAUGUAAACAGUUGUGUGAAUUAAGAUACAUGCAGUGUAGAGGUAGAAAACAAUAUGUAAAGAUUUUUGUGUGUGCUGUUUAUUCUUGAUCACUGCUGUGAGUUCAGAUCUCACAGCAGAAGGUAGUCCUGAGAAGAUUCAAACCACAAUUAAAUCUGGCCGCACACAUAAUUGUGUGUGCAGUAGAACACCACUUAAAGGCUGUGAGAUGUAUCGGGGGAAAAAACCUGUACAAAAUACAAUAUAAACAUAAAUUAAAGAGUAUACGUUGCGUGCUGAAGGAAAACCUUUCCACAAUAUCUAUUUAAAUGCUAUUGGUGUGGAGUCACACACAUUAUCCUGGUCAGAGUUUGUGGUGGAUCCGGAGCUUAUCCCGGGAACACUGGGUGUGAGGCAGGAAUAAACGGGAUGGGGCGCCAGUCCAUCACAAGGCACCAUGCACACACACAUUCACACACUUAGUGACACCCAGGGCUAUUUUAGCAUAGCUGGUAUAUUUUGGGAAGGUGGGAAGAAACCGGAGAACCCAGGGGAAGCUCACGUGGACACGAGAAGAACAUAAGAAACUCUGCACAGACAGUCAGCUGAGCUCAGGAUCGAACCGGGGAACCAGGAUCUGUGAGGUUGCUCAUUUGAAAGACAACUUUUUUGUGUGUGGGUGUCUUCAAUGCAUGUUUUUACAUACACAAAUCUUUAACCAUUAACUAUUCAAAAAGGCCUAGAGGAAAACUGGAAAUUUAGAAAAUGCUCGAGGGUCAGCAGUAAGAGGCAAUAUUAAAACACUCUUUUCUGUUACAGAAGCCCUGGAAUAUUAGUUUUUGAUUCAAGACGGUAUGGCAUGUGCAUUAUUUAAAACAUUUGGACAAGCCUUCACUGCAGACCAUCAAUAUAUUGGAUGUCAGGUCACUUAAUGAGAUCUUUCCUUCUAUAUUUUUGCAUUAUAUUUGUGUAGUAUUUUGCUUUGUAAGCAUUCUAUAUCCAAACUACAUUUUUUUCACAACAAGUCACAACAAGUCUUUUCAUGUAUUCCUUGAACGCUUGCUCGGCUGUGAUCUUUCAGAAGUGUAUCACCGCACAUUAACUGAGUGUGUUAAUUUCAAACAGGGCCAUACCUUUCAAAGAAGUGUGGUGCUGUAAUUAGAGCCACAGGGAGUGACUGGGGAGCAAGGCCACAUCUAAGAUGUGAAGUGUGAAGAGUAUAAGCAGAAUGUGUAAUUUACUCCCUUCAAAAUUCAUUGGUUCAGAAUGUACAGAAUUGUACAGUUGUGGGAGAAGCAUUCAGCUCACACUGACCUCCCCUACAGAACAUCCAAACUUCAAGCAGCUAAAUUACCCACAAACCCUGGCAAACAGGCCAUGGGCGGCACUACAGGCAAGAGCUGCUUCACUUUGGAAAAUUCAUUAGAAAGUGAGCAAACGCAGACUCUCAGGAAAGUGCAGGUGAUUUGGAUGCUUCGCGAGUUGCCCACGUUUAUCGGAGAAAACACAGAGCUGUGACUCUUUCUUCUCUCUCUCACACACACACACCCUGCCUUUAGGGCUUACCAAAGGAGACUCUUCAAACGAGGCUUUGUAGUCAAGUGGAGAAUCAAGAUUAAUGCACUCGCACAGCUCCGCUUGCUCUAGGGGAGAGAGCCAGUAUAAUUAACACCACAGGGCCUUGAAGGAGAGUGGAGAGGGUGAAAUCAUCCAAAAUAAUACAAGAGACGAGAGAAGAUUUCCUUUCUGUUUUGUCACGUGGCCUGUCAUGACAUUUGAUAGCCAUGUUGGCUGUGUUCUGCUGCACGCUGAUUUCAGGAUUGGUUAAUUAGCAUGAUUAUGGAUUCAGAGGAGUCAAUUAUUAGCUAAUAUUUUCCUGUGCUUGCUUGAUAUUGUACAAUGGUUGGCAUAAUUUUGAUGUUGAUAUGGACCCCAAGUAUAGUGUCAUACUCCCUGAAAACAAAAAAAGCACAAAAAUGUCGCUUGAAAGCAUAUGCAAGGAAUAAAACACUUUGUAGUGUGCAGGUACAGAAAAAUAAUCAAUGAUGUGGUGGUGUGAUGUGACCCGACAUGAAGCAGAGUUACUGUUACCACCCUGAAGUUAAUUAUUUUCCAAUAAGUCUCAAAGUGUAUUCCUCAAAGUGUAUACCUCAGCACUUUGCCACCGAUGACAACUUCGUACUGAUUAAUGUUUUAUCCAUUUAUAGUUACAUUUAAUGUUGUGGACGGUAGCUUAUCACUUUAGCAUUGUAGGAGUUAUAAACAGUCAUUCACUCAGUUUCUCUUAAUAGGACAGAAAAUGCAGCUUGUCAUGUUACUGAGAAACUGCAAAACGCAAAGACCUCUGUCUUAAAGAAUUCCCUGUGUUGGAAAACUUAAAACUGGAGAAUCCUUUCUUAAAUAUUAAAUAAACAUCUCCUUACAUCUAAAUAAACCUCCCCAUAUCAAUAGUUACAUAUUUUUCUUUGUUAAAUAUCAACACAUUUUUAAAAUCUGCUUAAAAUCUCAACACCUUCUGACCAAUCAGAUUCGAGAAGUCAAAACUGCUGUAUAUAAAUAACAAUAACGGUUGAUGAGCAGAAAAUCUGACUGCCAAUGCCACCACGUUCACCCAAAUUAAUUCUAUGAGCUAGCUAGCUCAUGGUUAUGGAUCUAUGCAGAUGGCUAGCUACAGUGGUGUCCAGUUGCCUAGCAAUAAUUCUGUCAUGAAUGUAAUGAGUAGAAUGGAUGAAUGCAUUGUGUGUGUUUCCUCUGUGGCUGUAUACAAUAUACAGUAGAUAAUUUCACACAUAAUAUUGUACACACUGUGUUUUAUAGUUCUGACCCAUGUGCUGGUCCUUAUAGUUCCCUACCAUAAGCUGGAAUGCAGAGACUCAUGCUACAGGAAUGCCAUCUGUAAUUCAAAUGCUGAAAACUGAGGAUGAAAAUGAAAACAUUUUCAAGCCAAAACAAGAACGCAAGUGUAGCUGAGCACCAUAAUGCUAGUCAUACAGCAUGGUAUUUCAUUUUUGAGCUGGCAAAUCUUCUGCCUGUUGAUUAACUUUACUUCCAUCUCCAUAUUGGACCAAAACAGAGUGUGUAUUGUCUGUUACUGCUGCAGGAUGAGUUUCCCUUCAGCCAGAGUUUUAUUAGCAUGGAAAAAAAAGCAGCAGCACACCUUAGAAUGGAAGCCCAGGUGUGUGUAUAGUUGUGUGUAUAUAAAAAAUAUGAUGAUACUGAUAAAAUCUUUGGUUUAAAAUACUUAGGAAAAAAACAAAAAAACAGAUUGCUGUUUUUAUAAAUUGACGUUCUCAAAUUCUCAUCUUUCCUUCACAAUUGUGUGUGCUUGUACAUUUGUGUAUGCUGCUAUGUCAGAAUUUUGUCAGAUUUUAUGCUAAUUUGGUCUACGACUAAUGAGGGAAACUAAAUUUAUUUCUGGAAGUUAUGAUCGACUUCGCAUUCAACUAGGCAUAAAUCCUAUUGGUUCAACCAACACCCAACACUUGCUUGUUUUAGAUCUGUUAAUGGACCUGAAAGUGGAAAUUGUUGGCAAUUAAUACAUAAUGUCCCAUUUCAGUUUUGUGUUGUCAGUUUUAUUUAUAAGUGCAUCAAAAUUAAGCUACAGAAAGACUAUAUAAUCUAUUUGCUGUUUAGCAAAAGCAACCCAGGAUGCUCAAGCUUUAAGGAGCACAUAUGAAUUUCUUCAGCGUCUGUGGAUCAAAAGUUUUGAAAGUAUAGAGUAUUGAAUUGUUACCGCAUUGUAGUAUUGUAAUCGAAAGUAUUGAACUUGUGUAACAGUAUAUUGUACUUUCACCUGCAUUAUUCAACCCUUUAAUUGCCAGUGCAUCUGUAAUCCCAACACUCUGGCAUGCACUGGGACAUAUUAAAGCAACACAGCAUCUACGGUCUCUUAGUGGCAGAAGCUCUAAUGUUCACAAUAUGGAAUGUAUGUGUGGCUCGCUGAUUAUUUCCCCUCCCACAACCCCAUUUGAAUUUCAUUAUUAUUAUCGCUAUCGUUCACUAUCGUUAGAGUCAACAGAGCCACAGGAGCGCGGUUCCCUCUUUUACACCGUACUGUAAAUAUAUAAAUAAGUGUAAGGUUACUGAGGAAGAGAAUGAAAUAUGGCAUUUCCAUUUCAAUGCAAAUGAAGGGGAGAAUGAAUGCAGUUUGGAUUUACAGUGCCUCAUUAUAAUGAGACCAUUGUGCCGGUGUGUUUCUUUUAACGGAACAAUCUCCUAUAGGCCGAGGAAAUUAGUGUGCGGGCCUUUGCGCACCACACAAAUGAAACUGUCAGCACAACUCGUUUCCUGCUAAAGGAGCAGCAUGGAGGCAGCUCAGUCCUCCGUCAGUCGGAUUUUCUCCACAGAGGAGUAGUUAUGUGUAGAUUUCAGUGUUUAACCGUUUAUGGAAAAGGGAAUAGAGGUGCACUGAUUUGUAGGAGAUGCUGAAUUCUUUUCUUAGGAGCCACAUUUUCUGCAAGCAACGAAAAUUUGCUUGAGCACUUAAGUUUGAGGACUUGUUCCCAACAUUAGUCACUGUACAUACAGUACAUCUGCUUCUUAAGCAUCUGCAUCUACUUAAGUUUUUCUUUCUUCUAAUACUUUUGACUUUCACUUCCUACAAAAGUUUCUCCUCACUACAUUUUCAUACACUAUAUUCGCAAAGUCUUAAGGUGACUUUUUAGCAUCACCGCUUCAAGGAGUCUAUCUAAUUACCAGAGAGAAUGAGACAUAAUAAGCAUCACUGUACUUUCUGUGCUGCUGCACAGGUUUUGUAUAUAUUGAGGCAGUUUGUAUUGUGGUGCACAGUGACCCACAGUUUCAGGGUCUUCAGUUCCUGAGCUCCUCAGGUUACUGUCUGCAUGGAGUUUCACAUGUUCUCCCUUCUCUCCACAUGUCUGCAUGGGUUUCCUCUGGGUUCUCCGGUUUCCUCCCACCUCCCACCUCCCAAGA